GCGAAGACUGCACCAAGACCGGAGGCUGGCGAGUCCAGCAAUGCACCCUCUGCCCGCCAACUGGAGGAACGCGUCGAUCAAGUAGUGGCAAUGCUAGGUGACAUCGGCACCUUUGCAGCGCCAGCCACCAUCAGCCAGCAGCUGGACACACUGAAGACCGAGAUCAAGCAGCGACAACAGCCGUCUGACCCCGAUCGCAGCACCAACACGACGAAGCAUUACAAGAUGCCGACGUUCCGGAUCGAGAAGUUCGAUGAUUACACACAUCAGGACCCGGUCGUCUGGUGGCAAGGUUUUACAACAGAGUUGGGGAUUCAUGAGGUCCCCAAACAUCUGUUCAUCGACGCACUGUUCCUUAACGUCAAGGGAGGAUGCCUGAUCAGGCUCAGCCAUAUGGCAACCGUCCACGGCGUCGAGGUCUUCGACCUACACACGAAGGUCUCCUGGGAGGAUCUGACAAAGGAAUGGAAGAAAUGGUCCAUCGUUGACGACGCCCCGGUGCUCGCCAUAAACCGCAUCUUCACGAUGGCUCAAGGAAACACAGCGACACGUGAUUGGCUCACAGAUUGGCAGAAGAUCGUGGCGACGCCCGAUCUGGACUUACCAUUUCCACAUCUGCGCCGGGAGUUCUACAACCGAUCAUGCGCCGCUUUGAGCCUCGCACUUGGUGAUCGCGAGCACUACAACACCUUCGCCAAAAUCAUCAACAAGGUGAGGGAGAUCAUCAAGACAAAUAGGGCGGCUGCACACGAGAAGUCAACGUCGCAGCCAACCUAUGUGGAGAAGGUGAAAACUGGUCCGCGACCGCAGCAGUUCGCUGCAGUCCAAUCGGACAACAUUGUGGAAGACUCGGCAGCCACCCAAGCGUCACGUGAGGGAGAUCAAGUGGCUGUUGUCCAUCCGCGAAGCAACAACAAGUCCCGAGGAAACGGGAAGGCGAAAACCGCAUCGCCGGCCGGAAACGGACAGCCAGCACCAUGGGUUAAGUUUCACUUAACCGAGGCUGAGUACAAGUACCGCGGCCGUUACGGCUGCCGCUAUUGGUGCAAUAGCACCAAGCACAAGACCUCCCUCUGCCAGGAUCAGGGCAACGAGGAUGUUCGGCCUCGCAUCAACUCAGGAAACUUAGUUGCGAGGGAGGAUUACUUGCACACUGCAGUACCAACUCCGUUGAUGGACGCCGGAGUAGAGGUUGUCGACCUUCACGCCUACAUUGCGAAGAUCGACCGCGAGUUCAAGAUGCAACGGUAUGAUGACAUCGACGCACCAUUGCUAUAUGUACGCAUUCAGAUCGGAGAGGCGACCUGCAGCGCUUUGAUCGAUUGUGGAGCAUCUCGCAACUACAUGAGUCAGGACUUCAUGGUACGCACCGGACUUGGCCCACGAGUCCGAAGGAAGUCCCAGCCCACGCCAGUCACGUUGGCGGACGGUCACAAGCACAAGUCAAUCGACCGGUGCAUUGAUGACGUCCCAAUGUACUUUGCCCCUCACGCAAGGGAGGCGGUGUCCUUCGACAUUCUCGACACCAAAUUCGACAUGAUCUUGGGCAUGUCAUGGCUGCGAAGCGAGGACCACCCGGUGAACUUCUAUCGCCGCACCGUUCACCUUCUCGACGCCUACAGCGACGUGUUCGAAGGCCCGCACGGAGUAGUACCGGAUCGGCCCAUCCGCCACGAGAUCAUCCUCGAGGAUGGGGCCGUACCUCCACGCGGUUGCAUCUGCCGAAUGAGCGAGGAAGAGUUAAGUGUGCUUCGGGCACAACUGGAGAAAGGCUGGAUUCGGCCUAGCUCAUCGCCAUACGGUGCUCCUGUUCUCUUCGUCCGGAAGAAGAACAAGGAUUUGCGGUUGUGCAUCGAUUAUCGCAAGCUCAACGCGCAAACAAUCAGAAACGCCGGCCCUCUCCCACGCAUCGACGACCUUCUCGAACGACUGGGGGGCGCCAAGUUCUUCUCCAAGCUGGACCUCAAGUCGGGAUAUCACCAACUCGAGAUUCGGAAGGAGGACCGCUACAAGACAGCGUUUAAGACGCGAUAUUGGCAUUUCGAAUGGCUGGUUAUGCCACUUGGCCUUACGAAUGCCCUAGCCACUUUCCAAGCGGCUAUGACAACGGAGUUCCGACACAUGCUGGAUAGAUUCGUACUUAUCUACCUCGACGACAUCCUGGUGUACAGCCGGAGUUUGGACGAGAAUGUGGAACACCUGCGCACCGUUUUGGAGCGGCUACGACAGGCCAAGUACAAAGCAAACCGCGACAAGUGCGAGUUCGCACAGCAGGAGCUGGAGUACUUGGGACACUAUGUGACGCCGCAAGGCAUCCGUCCGCUUGCGGACAAGAUCGAGGCCCUCCGCGUAUGGCCCGAGCCCACCAACACCACGGUCGUUCGUUCAUUCAUGGGGUUGGCGGGCUACUAUCAACGAUUCAUCACCGGAUACUCAAGGAUUGCUGCACCAAUGACGAGAUUACAAUCGCCAAAGGUGCCAUUCGUAUUCGAUGACGACGCACGCCGGUCAUUCCAAGCACUUAAGACGACCAUGCUCAUGGGACCCGUCCUUAGCAUCUAUGACCCCACCCUGCCUACGAGAGUGGCAACUGACGCUUCCGGCUAUGGCAUUGGGGCAGUAUUGGAACAACACGACGGCGACGAUUGGCACCCUGUGAAGUAUUUCAGCCACAAAGUGCCUCCCAUCAACUCGCUUGAUGAUGCAAGGAAGGAGUUGCUCGCAUUCUUCAUGGCUCUCAAGCGAUGGCGGCACUUCCUCCUUGGGCGUCGUAGGUUCACAUGGGUUACGGACAACAAUCCAUUGACCUACUACAAGACGCAGGAUACGGUGAGCAGCACGAUCGGACGAUGGAUGUACUUCAUCGACCAAUUUGACUUCACACCGAAACAUCUUCCCGGCCUCUCCAAUCGCGCAGCAGAUGCACUCUCGCGAAGACCUGAUCUUUGCGCUAUGACGCAUCAUGCCUUCACAUUCGACGAGGAACUUCAGCGACACUUCAUCCGGGGAUAUGAGUCGGAUCCGGACUUCGCCGCGUUGUAUGCGCAGCUAUCUUCGGAUCACCUGCCGGCCACCCACUAUCGCAUCGUCGACGGUACUUGCUCCUCCACUCGAGAGGCAAGGACUUAUUGUGUGUCCCACGAGACUGUCGUCUUCAGACUCGCCUUCUCGGUGAGUAUCAUGACUCGCGACUCGCCGUCCAUUUUGGAGUCAACCGCACCAUUGCACGACUUCGACAACGAUUCCGAUGGCCCGACCUCAUUACCGACGUCACUCGGUAUUGCGACUCUUGCGAAGUUUGCCGACGAAGCAAGCCCCGCAAUCGCAACCCCUACGACGAGUUGCGCCCGAUGCCUAUCCCACGGGAACCCGGCCUCUCCAUUGCCAUGGAUGUCACUGGACCAUUUCCUCGUGAUCGCCUCGGGCACGACGGCAUCCUCACGGUUGUGGACCGUUUGAGAGUCCGACACGAAGAUGAAACCAAGUUCGACUCGGCAUCCACAGA